CUUUUUUCGCACAACCAGGCACCCGGGGACUUGGGCCUUGGACAUUUUUCUGGUUUACCUUUUGGUCCAGGAUCAGGAUUGUCCACGCCCACGCCAGAGAGCAAGUAGUGUGCCAAGGCUGGAUAUUACGACAUACUGCCCUCCGCGCGUGGCAGACGCUUCUGACGAUUUCGAUCCGGCCUGGGUUCAUGGUUGUCCUUGCCUGUCCCUGCCUGGCCUGCCCCAGCCCGACCGACCGUUUGCCCAGUCAACCCACUCAAGUGCGGCUAUUAGGCCCCUCUCCCGUGUUUUUCAACGUUGUGAGGCGAGGUCUCCAUCACCGAGGGUACCUGACUCUCUGGAUCCCGUUUUUACUUUGGCAGGUCCUCCGUCACCACGACAGGUGACCCACGACGUGCCUGGCCUUACACCGUCUGUGCAGACUGCCCUGUCCUUUUUACCAACCAAGGCCCGCGCCCCCGGCCUCGCUGCUCGCUCGCUCAACGUGCUACGUCGUUAUGGUUCCCAGACUCCUCGACAGUCCGGCCGACGUCCAAGUGUAGCAACCCUCUCGCCCACAGCCCACAGCAUCUCGAUCCGAGAGCAUCCUCUUGUCCCUCGUGCCACUCCCCCCCCCCGGGCUUGAGUAAAAGAAGAACCCAAAAGGUCUCUUUUGGAAUUGCUCCCCACAGGCGCAGGCUCUCCGGAACUGAUCGACGGAAAAGCCAUUUUCGAUGAGCGCCAUACUUUCCCAUACAGCUCUCAACUCUUCAACCUAGCACCGCCGCCCCCAGGCCACCACUCCCCACUGCGGAAGAGCACCGAACACCCGGGACCAUACCACCUCAAUACUUCGCCUACCACGGAGACAGUACGACGGUUCCCGACGACACGCACGUUCAUUCCUGACUCGACCGAACAGCAUGCCCGCCCCCCUCGCAUAGCAUCGCAUACGAACAACAGCUGACGCGACUGCCCUGUAUACUCGCAUUCGAAGCUGACGUUGUGGAGACUUUCGCUCCGGUUUGUUGGGACUGGGAAGCACCCGAGCAGGGCUCUCCCACAACAGGCGCCCGUGCCCGAGUAUCGUGACCGUCCUCCGAACCUUGAGCGACAGCUUUUGCUACUCUUGGACCUGCUUCAUCGACAGUCAACAGCGCCGGCCUCACGAGGCCUUGACCGCACACACUAAUUCUAUGCCGAGGCGAUAACCCGCCUUCUGCAUGUCGCCGAAAUUACAAGAGGUGUUUGGGGAGCUGGGCAUCUCGCAAUACCUCGAUGUCUUUCUCGACCAGGGCUUUGAUACGUGGGAAACGAUCCUCGACAUUACCGAAUCGGACCUAGACGCACUUGGGGUGAAACUUGGUCAUCGACGGAAAUUGCAAAGAAGGAUUGCCAAUGCCAGAGGGGUAGCACCUGACGUGGCAUUGGCCUCGCCGACGAGGGCAAGUGCCGAGGACGUCCGCGCCGGCACCGAGGUGCAGAAGCCGGAAGCCCCUGCGCUGCCGUCCACAGACUCCCGAGAAAAUGUCAAUGGUGUGGUCCAGAAGCGCAAAUAUCGGCGGCAUCCCAAGCCGGACGAGAAUGCACCAGAGCGCGCACCUUCGGCAUACGUUUUAUUCUCCAAUAAGAUGAGAGAAGAUCUCAAGGGUCAAAAUUUAACCUUCACUGAGAUUGCCAAACUGGUCGGUGAGAACUGGCAGGCGCUAACUCAGGCCGAAAAGGAGCCCUAUGAACGGGAUGCCCAAGCGGCCAAGGAGAAGUAUAACCGGGAUCUGGCCGAAUACAAGAAAACGCCAAACUACAAGAAAUAUCUCCAGUAUUUGCAAGAAUUCAAAGCCAAACAUGCUAAUCACCCCCAAGAUAAAGAGGUAUCCAAGAGAGUGAGGCUGUCCGAUCCAAACAUUGGGGAAUCAGCGGCUGUCAAUGGCCACUCAGGCCGGGUUGUGAGGGCGGGGAGCAUUGGCGAUCACAACGGCGAACCGGCAGCAAGACGGCAAAGAAUUGGGUCAAUUGUUUCUAAUGGCGAAUCGUAUUACGCACCAUCCGUCGCCUCGAUCUCCCAGCGCACGCCAGGUGAGGAGUCCGUCCUGACCUCACCAGCCGCAAGCUACUUUGACCGCCGCUUCGACCGCCGGCGAGAGCAAUCGCCCGGCCUCGCCGGCAGCCCCAGGGACAGCUGCGCCCAUCCACCAGCCCCGCCGCGACGCGAUCCCGUACACGUGGACGGGCCACGUGCCGACGGUCCCCCCAUGUCGCGCAGCCUCCCUCCAUUAUCCGACGUGUUUGAAGGCCGGCCCAUGCUGAACGGCACCAGCCAUUCCAGCGAGGCUCCCAUGCAAAAUAUGGCGCUGCUUCCGAGGGGUCUUCAGACCGCUAGCCCAGCAACCACACCGAGCCUAAGCGGCGGCGAAUCCAGGCCGCCGUCUUUGAAGAAGGAACAGUCCUCUGCGGGCAGCAUGUCGUCAGCAAGCUCGGCAUAUAGCAGCUUUCCACGGACUCCCGUUGAGGGACCACUGCCGAUACACGCCCUCCUGUCAGGCGGGAAACCGUUCCCUCCGUACGACGUUUCCUUUGCAGCAAACUCGGCCAUCCAUGGCCGGUCAAUGUCACCCGAUGAUAGGCCUGCCAUCUACCCAUUGGAGCGACCACCCAGCGAUCCAACCCCUAGUAACCAUGCCCUGCCACACAUAAAUGGUUUGUUCGAGUCCCUUCCACCAGCGGCCUGUGAAUACGGUCAGACUGACCGAUUUCUCACAGGCUACACCAAGGGGCAUGCUCCUGUCAUGAGUCAAAACCACACACCAGUCGGCCGCCCCUCAUAUUCCCCUGCAUACAAUGAGGCGCGGUUGGCGCCGGUUGCCACACCAGUGCCCCCGCCAGCACCGGCACAGGGACCACCGCCGCGACUGGUUGGGACGAAUGAACCUGGUAUGGAUGGUAUUAGUGCCCUCCUCCAAGCGGACAAACUAGCCGACCGCCGCGCAGCAUGAGCAAACGACAAGGGUGUAGUUGAGACUGGGCUGAGGCGAGAAGAGCCUGGAUUCACAGAGGUUGAGAUACCGCACACCUCAUUGGGAAGCCCUUCACAUCCGCGGACUCGGAUUGCCACAUUUUGCGACAUGUUGGCCACAGUUCGUCGCAGCGAAGCCCGAUUGUGAGAAAUCCCGCUCCCUCGCUACGUAUGGACUGUGCGCAUCGAAUUUUUAAACGAAUACUUGCCAAAAUGGUGAAGCAAACCUGCAAGGAGGCACGCGCAGAAUAUCAAGGGAAGACCGGGCGGAGGUGUUUGUUGCGCCGGCGUUUAUUGGAUCCGAGUCCAUGGGAUCUUGUUUGAAGGCCGCAAUAGCGAACGGGGGAAGGAAGCGACUCCAACAAUCUGGACAUUAGGGACUCUUUUCUUGGACCGAGAUGCAUCAUACCACACACCGGUCCUCCACAGCCAGCGUUCAGCCGGCAGUACGAUGCCGAAAGAUUGGGAAAGGACGGUGGUGAAUGAAGGGAGAACCCGCAGGUGACAGUCUCAUUUUCAUGUGCGCGCGAGACGAGCUGUGAGUUGGAAACAGCAAAAGUCUGUCCGUCCCACUGUGCGAUUAUUGUAUCCACUGAACACCAGGGUCAGUCGGUGUGGCCGUGGAUGGAGCAAGAAGUGAGCGCGCCGUCACCACGGCACACGUAUAAGUCAGUACCAGUAGCCUCGCCUAUGGGCACUGCUGAGAAUCAAGGCUCGUGACGAGCUGGGUUCAACCAUAUAUCCACUGUAUUGUGUGUGUACUUGAGUCUAGAAGCGAAGGCACCGUGGGCCUGGCGCAGAGUCAAUGCUCGGCAACUCUGUUGAUAAUCUCGUCUCGUCUUGAUAAGGUGUAUGUAUAAAAUAGAGUUGUCGUCGGUACGGGCCGUUCUUGACCAAGGUUUUAUCGCAGUCUGUGAUUUGAUUGAAGAUCCGGAUCGGCGGUCCAGGCGCAUUCUGGGUGCAUGGCUUGUACGACCUUGUGCCCCGCGUGUGCCGUCCGCAGUCGGUGCCGCACUCGACAAAGAAUGUUUGGGUUCAUGGGAGGGAGGGUCGGGUUGUC